UUUAGAAUUCUGGGGUAAAGCUAAAAUCUAUAAAUACUAUUCUGGGCAUGGCCCCCUCCCAGUGCAAUAGUCGGUUACUGGUUUGUCAUGUUAAAGGCGUCAGAUUGGGUUUGAGGGUUAAUUUGGUAACAUUAAUCUUUCCUGGGGUAUUUAUUAUAUCCUGUGUAACUUACCUAAUUAGUUUAUUGUUUAGUCUUGUCAAAAAUAAACACACCCAGUCUAACUGGUUUCACAGGCUAGUAGAGCAAUGUGGAACAAAUACCUAACUGGUCCUGCAUAACGUGACCCUGCCUACCUCCCUCUUACUUAAAUGGUGCCGCAUAAUAUCCGGAGAGAGUUUUGGUGACCUGCUGUGUUCCUAUUGCUGCUUCUCCUCCUGUUGCUUUGUUUCUCAAUCCAGAUACAUUAGUGUACGAUCAGGACCCGAUUAACCCCUCUUCAGAGGACCGGACAUGGCUGCAACAGAUAUCACCCUCAACAGGAAACCUCCUCUCUCGUCUUCUAAUAAGAAGAUGAUUUUAUUUCUGCUUCUCGUGGGUUGUUUCCUCUAUAUAUACUGGCUGCAGCUUGGUAAGUGGUUUGACAGACCACACCUGUUACCUCCCAGCCCAGGAUUACAUGAUACAGCCACACUUACUGAAGCAAAAGUCAAUGAAAUAUUGCAAGCGCUGAAAAGACACGUACCUGCAGUAAAUCAGACUCAAUUGGAACUCACCAGCAGUGGCGCACACAGCCUGGUCACCUUAAUGAACCCAAAGGAGAAUUACUGUGUGGGAGAGAUGGUCAGUGUCCGAGUGGAGAUGAACGACUUCCGGGGCAAACCCAAGACAUACGGAGGAGACUUCAUUCUGGCUCGGAUCCAUUCUCCAGAGCUGAAAGCAGGAGCGGCCGGCGUGCCUGAGGAUUUCAACAACGGGACCUACCGCGUCAACUUCACCUUGUUUUGGCCAGGCAGCGUGAAAGUUUCUGUGCUUCUGAUGCAUUCAAGCGAGGUGCUCUCAACAUUAUGGCAAGCUAAAGAAUAUUGCAAUGAUAAAUUUAUUUUCACGGGCACCUUUCAUAACAAAACGCUACAGGAGACAACUAGAUGUGACAUUAAUCUGAGCACAAAUGAAACUGUCUGCGAAUUCAAAGACGAGAGGAACCAGGAGUCGUUUUCCUGUUUCAAACCUAAAACACUGCCGUGUGAGACCCUGCAUUACACAAGAUCAAGGAACAGUAAAGCUGCCUGUCUACCCGACGCUGAGAACCAGCUUCUAAAGAGGUCUAAGGUUGGUGUGACAAUCCAGAAUGAGUUCCAAGACAUUACAGUGGUUACCUGUAAAGAUCGUGUUCCACAAGCUGUUGGGAAGUGUGAGAUGGGAAUGAGCUCUCCUACCCCCAGUGGAUUUUUCCAUUCAGACAGAUGGAGUUCUUCCUAUUGCAGAAUGAGAAGCUUCCAAAAUGUGAGCGACAUGAACCAGUGCCUUCAGGGGAAACAGGUUUACCUGCGGGGCGACUCUACAAUACGCCAGUGGGUUGAAUAUUCCACAUACAAACUAAACGACCUGAAGUACACAAGUAAAACAGAGCCCCAUGCACCCAAGCUUACUAUUGACAAGAAGAGAAACAUAACCAUGUCCUGGAAGAUGCACGGAUUCCCUUGCAUUUCAUACUCUCCAUGCUUCAUGGAUGGUGGCAUAUAUAUUGCUCAAGAACUGGACAGACUCGCUGGUGGGGAGAACACUGUUAUAGCUAUCUCUGUUGGUCAGCACCUUCGUCCUUUCCCCUUGAAGUUCUACGUUACAAGACUGAUGAACAUCAAACAGGCUGUCACAAGACUUCUUCAGAGAAGCCCUUUAACCAGGGUGUUUGUUAAAUCAGAGAACACCAGGGAGCUCAACUCUGAGAUCAUCUGGGCGAGUGACUGGCACGGUCACCUCCAAAACCUGGCUCUGAGGGAGGUGUUUCGGGGGGUGAAAGUGGGGUUCAUUGAUGCUUGGGAAUUUAAUGUAGCUGCAAACUCAUUUGACCUUCACCCAAAUAGGAAUAUUGUUCAUAAUCAAAUUGCUUUGUUUUUGUCCUACCUGUGUGGUCCAAGUUUUUAGUGGGGAGUGUUUGUGUGAUUGGUGCAUUGACGUAACUGUUAUGGUCAUCAUGUCUAAAUGGAGCAGAGCCACAAUUUAAACUUAUGGAAUAUAUUGUGCUUAAACAUUGAAUUCCCAAAAAAUCUGAGUUAGGCUGAAAUAAAUUUAUAUAGGAUAAACGUUGGUAAAACCACUCUCUCUCUCACUCACUCUUUUAUUUUCUUAUCAAAAAUAAUCAUUUAGAAAACCUCUCUAGCUUGUGUAGUUUUUAUAUUUGCUGUCUGUACCGUCUCCGAUCCGCUCUGAAUGGCUGGGGGUCGCUGUCAAUCAUCUCAGUGGUCCGUUAGUACUGUAGUAUCACUGUCAGUCAUUUCACCCUGUUCUGACAGAUCUCUGAAGCAGCGCCAGAAUGCUAUGAUCCAUUUAAAUGACUGUCGGUCAUUAAGACCUGCACCGAAUGUGCACUUUCAUUUGCCAGCUACAGUGCCUGUCAUUCAAAGCGCCUACUUUGAAAUUAGCGGGUUAAGAUGUAGGUAAGCUUUUGCUAUAGUUAAUACGGUGAGUUACUAGUUUGUUUUGAAAAUGGGGCCCAAGAGGAAAACACUUAAUGAAUAUUGUGCACAAUACUUAAAAAAUAAACUCGAAUAGUAGCAAGCCUAAUUAUAAUAUAAGGUUUUAGGUAUUAAUAGUGUAAAAUUGAGAUUUGUAUUUAUAGUUUUAAGAAUAAUAGCGGCUUUUUAAGGUAUUAAAUAUGAGUUAGUUUUACAUUGUCUUUUCUUUUAGAUAGUUAGUGCCCUGGCCGCCUUGAGGCUUUUAGUCAAAAUUGAUUUCUGAUGUGCUGUUGUUUGUGCAGUAUUGUGUGUUGGAAAAUAAAAACAUCUGAUUCUUACCUGUUGUGGUCCCUCCUCUCUCAUACCCCUUCUCCACUGGCACAUCCGACCUGACAUCAUCAAAAAAACGCAAAAAACAUGUUUCUAGUUGUUUUUUCUCUGGAAAAAGCCGAGAAAACCAUUCAAUGGCCGAGUGGGAGCAACAGGAGACAGAAAAAAGAAAAAAAGGGUGUAUCUCAUGAAUAGUCAUACUUGCCCCUGGCAUCCCAUAUGGGCGGUCAUAAGGAAACGAUACUGUAUCAGCGCACAGAGACUAUCACGGACAUUUGCAGAGCUUUUUUGAGAUGUUAUAGUAAUAAAAUAAUGACUUGGAUUGCAUUAUUGAGGAGUUUGGUGAUAAAACGAGUGAUCAGGAGAUGAUUUAUCAGUAUGCACGACUAUGAAGAGGUAUGUGAAAAAUACAGCGAACAAGGGGUGGGGCGGGGCUGGAGAUGCAGUACUGAGUGUCCUGUUGAUAUGCAGUGCCUUUUAAACCUGUUUUACUGUGAAAAAAUACUUUUAAACAGUGUGUCUAAAAUAAACUGCGCGUGUGAAAAUAAAUUGGACCUGACGCACGCUGAAUAAAUGGACCGCAAAGGGUUAAGACGUAUGACCGUUGCUAGCUUGCUAUUGACUGCUGAUCAGCUGUAACACAGCAACUUUUAGCAUUCACCAAUUGAAAAGGGUCCCAGAUAAACACCUCAAAUUACUGCCCUAUAUUUACAACUAACAAAAUAUUUUGAACAGAAAAGCUGCCUGACAGCGUGAAAAACCAAUGUCACACUGAUUCUAAUCUUUAAGUUAAUGUUUAAUGUGCGCAUCAAAUGCAG